CCGCAUGUCCUGGAGCACCAUUGAACUAACUUGUGCGGUCCAACUCUGGACCUCUGAAUGCCUCAUCAAUUACAUCAACGAUGCCUCUCCCGCCCCUUCGGUUUUGAGGGUCAUCAACUUCAAUUUCGUUUACAGAUCCUCUAAUCUUAUAAUUCAUCAGCUAGCUUACUUGGGAAAACCACUGGUCCGUUUUUGUAUGGAACACGAGGUAAGUUCUUGGUUAUGGUUGAUGCCAACUUGGACCAUGGACUCUAAAUUUCUGAAACAAACUAACAGUCUUCUUCGAUGAUUUUGAUACCUAAUAUAUAGUUUGGGUUGCUUUGCUCAAAAGUUCAGCCUGUUGAAGUGGCCUCGGUCUUAGGAGGGUCCCACAUUUUUUCAAUCAAAAUGCGGGUAGAAGGGUGGGGAACGUCCCACGGUGUCCUGUUUCGUACGCCUCGGGGCGGGGGACAGGAGGGUCGGUUUUCCCGUUCCUACAAUUCUAACGGCGCCUAUGCAUUGACCCGUCUUUGUCUCUCGUAAAUUCAUGGUGCCGAUGGGGGUCCCACAUGUCGCUUUCACAAACGGGAGGACGGUCUCCGCGCACCACCGUCAUCGACGAAAGCGUCCGAUUGGAAGUGACAAGGAGGUCCCCAGGUCGGGUCCCACAUGGCGAGACCGGCGCAGCACCGGCGAGUAGGAAGAGGUUGAUUGCUCGGUUCCAAAUCCCGAUCUCUUCCGCCCGUGCAGCGCCUCUUUUUCUUCCUCUUAAAUGCUCGCUCUCCCUAUUAUUUCCCGCCCACGACGCCCACCUUUUUUUCCCCCUCUCGCCCCUCGUUCUUUUCACACCCCUCUCUCUCUCUCUCUCUCUAACAAAGAGAAGACGAAGACGAUAAUAAAAGAAACCCGGCGGGGAAUGAAGAACCCCAAGGUUCAAACCCCUUCGUUCCCUUGCCUCUAUUCGUACCCCUUCGUCGAUCCCAAAUCCUAGAUUCCUCGGGGGGCUUGCCAUGCCGGAUCUCGGCAACCUCCUGCUUCCCCUCCCCGCGGCGCACCCCCCGCACCGCGGCGACCCUUCCUCCUCCUCCUCCUCCACCUCUUCCUCCCCCCGUCACGAGAUCCUAGAUGCAGGGGAUGCCGGCCUCGACCGCAAGUGUAGCCGCCCGUUCAAGCAGGAGCGCAAGACGGGGAAGAAGGCAGCCGAUGGAAAGGCCUCGCUGGCCGAUCACGUGAGCGCUUGGCGGGAGAAGAAGAUGGCUGCCGGGGUUCCCGACAGGGAGUGCUUCUUGCCUUUCCUCACUAAUGCUCCAAGAAUGGUUGAUUGCCACAUGUGCAAUAGGUGUAUCUACCCUGGAGAAGAAUUGCGAUGUUCAGUUCUUGGUUGUCAAGAAGCUUACCAUUUGACAUGUGCCAAGAAGCUGAUUGGACCCUCCACUUCAAAACCUUUCAAGUGCCCUCAACAUGGCUGUUUUGUUUGCAAGCAGAAAGCAUAUUGGCGUUGUGUAAGAUGCACAAUGGCAGCACAUACCAAGUGUGCACCAUGGCCAGCAAAUGUCAUUUACUUCAAAAAUCGACCAGGGAGAGCCAUUUGCUGGAGACAUUCUUCUGAUUGGCGUCUUGAAAAGAAGCAUGCAGAUCUUACAAGUGAUGUUGAGGAAGCAUUUGUCCGCUUGCCUCUUCCAUAUGUUGAUGAAGAGUUUAAGAUGGGAACCAUCUUGAAAGAUGUUGUGGAGAACAAGACUGAGCCAGCUCCAUAUGUACAUAUCCGACGUAAUGUUUACUUAAUUAAGAAGAAGCGUGAUGGUGCUGAGACUGGUGUCGGAUGCAGUAACUGCGGCAGUAAUUCCACAUGUAAGGAGAAUUGUGAAUGCAGGGGCCUUUCAGUGAGCUGUUCCAAGGCCUGUCGUUGUUCUGAUAUGUGCAGAAACAGACCCUUCCGCAAAGAGAAAACGAUUAAAGUUGUUAAGACUGAAUAUUGUGGAUGGGGAGUUGUGGCUUUGGAAGUUAUGGAAAAGGGAGACUUUGUGAUAGAAUAUAUUGGAGAAGUUAUUGAUGAUGCUUUGUGCGAACAAAGGCUGUGGGAUAUGAAACAUCGAGGCGAUCAGAACUUCUACAUGUGUGAAAUACAUAAAGACUUCACAAUUGAUGCAACUUUCAAAGGGAAUGCUUCUCGAUUUCUAAACCACAAUUGUGAUCCAAAUUGUAAACUAGAGAAGUGGCAAGUCGAUGGGGAGACACGUGUUGGUGUUUUUGCUUUACGUUCAGUAGACAUUGGGGAGCCUUUAACGUAUGAUUACAGGUGUGAGUGGACAAAGUAGGAAAAUUUGAGCAUUGGAGGCUUUCCAUCGGGCUCCUGGGAGCACUGGUUGAAUAGAUACGGACCUGUCCUGCCUUCAUGAAUCAAUUGUCUAACCUGGCCACUCUAAUGACUCACCAUAAAAGCUUGGGCAUGUUGGCCCACCUAAAUUACUAUUGCAAGGUAAUUGCUAUGCUAACUUGAUUGUUUCUUUUCUUUUCUUUUUUAUAUUAUAUUGUACAAUAUAGAGGGCAAGCCUUGGUAUAACAAUAAAGUUUCUCUUUUGUAACUUGGGUGUUCAGGGAGUCACAAUGGAAACAUUCUCUAUUUUGGUAGGGUAUGGUUGAACACGUUGACCCUCAGAUAUUGCAUGAGUGAGAGUCUCAUGCACUCAGUUCACCCUCUGUUAUGCUGUAUAAUAUUGUCAAUUAAUUUCUUCUAUUUCAGGCUAUUGAAUUCAAUGAAGGUAAAAAAUUGUUUUUCAGUUCCCCAGUUGUAUUUUGCUUGUUUGUGUAAUUACACAUUUCCACCAAUAACCUCUUUGUCAAGUUCCAUUCCUAGCGUCGCACUUUGCAUGUUUAAACCAACUUAACUGCAUCUAUUGCUGCAAUUGAAGUUCUUGAGUGGUGAUCAGCACACCUUUGUCCCUUCAGUUUUAAAAAAGUGAAUUGACAAAUGUUUCUGAGUGGUUAUUAGCACGUAUUGUAAGUGUUGUUUGUUAGCUUUUUUUUAUGGACUAUGCAGAAUAGUAAUUCUGAGAUAGAUGUUUCGUGCUUGUUUAUGUAGAUUUGUGCACUUUGGACCAAUGGUUAAAUGCCAAUGUGGAGCUUCCAAAUGCCAAGGAUAUCUGGGUAGCAAGAGAAAGUUAAACCAGAUGCCAUCCUCCUGGGGAUGUAAAAGAAAGAGAUCUAUUGCCCUUCAUGGUGCCAAGUAAAUAUCAUUCAUUUUCAAGUACUAUUUGUGAUUUGUUAAUUUUUUCCUAGCUUUGGGCAGCAAAAUCUGGCACCCUUGCCUCCUGUGCUGCUUCUUUGUGUUUAAUUUGUGUCCCACUUUUAUAUGCUUCUCGUUAACUGCCAUCGCCUCCCAUUUGACCUAUUGUUGUUGUAGCAUAUGUUGUUAUUGUAUUCAGUAUGAUCUGUUAUAUGAAAUAGACAUUAAACAAGUUAUUGGUGUAUGAUUGUACUCAGUCGGAUCUGUUAUGUCAAUAUGAUAUCAAACUGUAGCCUCGGAAGUUGAGAAGAUGAUCUGAUGUUUUGGAUGUUCAAAUGGAUAUUGUACAAGGUUGAACUUAGUCUAGAUUUAUUCGGGUGCCGUAAUGUCUGUCUGUAAGCACACAACUAUUUUUAUGAUACUAUUUUAUUGCAGUUCCAG